AUGGCUGAAUUCAUCAACUUGCGCCUACUCGACCUCGUUGGCACUCCCUUAGUAGAGAUGCCACCAGGAAUAAGAAAGCUGAGAAGCUUGCAGAAGUUAUUUAAUUUUGUUAUAGGAAGACUAGGCGGUGCCGAUCUACAUGAACUCAAAGAACUUUCUCAGCUCCGAGGAACACUUCGCAUUUCUGAGCUACAAAAUGUGGCCUUCGCUUCAGAAGCAAAAGAUGCUAGUUUACAAAGGAAACCAUUCCUUAAUGGAUUAUUCUUGAAGUGGACAGUGAAAGCCUCUAGCUUCGUCCCUGGUAAUUCUAAUGCAUUGACAUGUGACCAGAAAGAGGUCCUGAAGAUGCUGGAACCUCAUCCACACUUGAAAACGUUCUCCAUCAAGUCUUAUCAAGGUGCAGGGUUUCCAAAGUGGUUGGGUGAUUCUUCAUUUAUCUGUAUUGCGUCCAUCACUCUCAGUAGCUGCAACCUCUGCAUAUCACUGCCUCCAGUGGGGCAGUUGCCUUCACUCAAGCACCUCAGCAUUGAGAAGUUUAACAUUCUGCAAAAAGUUGGUGUAGACUUCUUCUUUGGUGAGAACAACUCUAGCUUUGCACCGUUUCAAUCCCUGGAAACUCUGAAGUUCUAUGGCAUGCUGAGAUGGGAAGAAUGGAUUUGCCCGGAACUAGAAGAUGGAAUCUUUCCUUGCCUCCAAAAACUCAUAAUACAAAGAUGCCCCAGCUUGACGAAAAAGUUCCCACAAGGACUCCCUUCUUCCACUGAGGUCACCAUCUCUGAUUGCCCCCUAAGAGAAGUUGCUGGAGAAGAAAAUUCCUCCAGAGUGAAUCUGACAAAUACACUAGAAAGUGGAGUCAGCUCUCCCUCUAUGAGCAGAAAUAAACUGUCUUCCCCUAAAUUGGAUCCAAGUACAAGUGCUACACCAGGCUUAGUUUCAAGUCUAAAGACGUACAGGGAGAGAUUUGGUCACAUGGACCAACAGGAGGAGAAAUCACGCAAAAAGGAGCCCAAAGGAGCUCGAUCGAGUCACCUCAAGGUCGAUCGACUCAGUCAGAGGUCGAUCGAUUCAUCACCACGCAACAAGGUCGAUCGAUCCCAUUGUCUCACGUGUAGCUCGAUCAAUCCCAUUGUCCCACAUGUAGAUUGA